AAUGAAGAAAGAGACGAACCUGUUAUUAUCGAGUGUUCAUUGCAUGUUGAAUCCUUUGGAAAUAUCGAAGAAGCUGAUAUGGUAAGAAUUUUAUACGGGCCUCAUGAUAAAUGAGCACGAACGUCAUUCAGUCCUAAGCGCUCUUAAUAUUUUCUGCAAAUCAAAAUACUCUGUAUCUUUCUACCAUUCUUCUUCUUCUUACUAUUAUUAUUAUUAGCGAAAUAAAAAUAGCGGAAAGGUUUCACCGUACAAAACUACAGCUAGUGUCAACUUUUAAACCGAAUUUACACGGUAAAUCAGAAAGACCCCGACCGUUUAGCCCCCAAAAUGGGGGCCGUUUCGGUGAGUAAAAUACAGCCCUAUUUUGAGUCUUAUUUGGCUCCCUUAAAUCAGUUACAAUACAGUCUAAUUAUCUCCGGCUGAUCUGGACCCAAGGGCUGAAAUGGGCCUCAGCGUGGGCUAAAAUAGCAUUUUGAUUGGGUUGUUUUGGCCUAAAUUGUGUUCAAAUAGCUCCAGAAGAGGCUGAAUCAGACUUUGACCUGAAAUCAGACUUCGGGGCUAAAACAAAUCUUUUUAAUUUUCAGUGUAGAAACUUAAUUAGACAACAAAUAAAUGACAAACCACUUUAAAAAAUGCGAACACAUAUUUGGGCAAAGAAAAAUUCCUUUUCUACAUUUUAGCUCUAUAGUAAUAUAAUAAGUUAGAAUCAAGUAAAAUAUUACCUGGAACGGAUACACUUUAGUUAGAUUCGGAACUGUGAAUCUAGGGCAGAUUUUAAAGGAAUCGAAAAAAAAUUUUCGUCUUAUUUUUGUUGAUUUUUCCUUCUAUUUUUGUCCAUUUCCAGGAAUAUAAGGUUUAUGGUUAUUUUCAUCAGAAUUGGAACGAUCCCCGCCUUGCGGGAAAAUUUAACCGCACCAUAACAUUAACAGGAAGUGACAUCGACAACUUUUGGGUUCCAGAUCCUUUUUGCUACAACGCACGGGAAUCAAACAUGAUGAUACCCAAUGAGGAGGUGCAUAGCAAGUUACAUAUCAGCACCAAUGGCGACAUUAAAAUGAGCAAGGGGUGCGUGUAUUCACAUAUUAGACGAAUUGAAGAGGACCACAGAACUUGGGCACAGUUUUUGAAUCCUGAACGUACAACUACGAAAUAUUAAUUGUUCAUUCAAGAAUUCUCUCGCUAAAAUACCCUGGCUAAUUCGACGUUGACCAAAUAUGAAACACGCGAGCAAUAUACCAUAGAUUCGAUGGUAUAUUUGAUUAGAAAAGAGCAUGAUCGAUGGUAUAUCGAUGGAGUAAACAAAUACCAAAACAGAACGGAACGGAAGCAGAGAAAAGUCUGUACAUUAGUUGUUCUAUCUACCUGAGCAGGAUUUUCCCUUUUAAUUUUUGUAACACACCAUAGCCAUAUACUUUCGUUUGCAGCAUAACCGUUCUCGCUUCUUGUGUAAUGAAUCUGAGAGACUUCCCUCUAGACAAGCAAGAAUGUCAGCUCAAGUUUGGAAGCUGUAAGUAAUCUAACGGAUUCUCAACUGCCUAUUUUAUUGCAAUCUGUUAAUAACUUUAUGGGUUGAUAUGAGCUAUUGAGGAAUUAGAGCUUUUAGGUGAAAGGGAAGUACAGUACACAUAUUAUUUGUUUUAUGUGUCUAUUUUCUGUAUCCGAAAAAAUCUGUCAGGUUGGAUGACGUCACUGCUCCAAGCGGCGUCAUUUACAUGUGUAUCCUAUGAUAUCAACGUCAUCUUGUAGACGGCAUAUCUGGCUAUCUAUUAAGGGUAGGAACCUUUCAAGCUGAUAUCGUAACUUAAGAAACUACCAGGGGAUGGGGGGGGGGGGGGGCUAGCCCCCCGUGCCACGAUGGUAUAAGGGGAGAUUAUCUAUCUUCGGGUUUUCAAUUGAAAGCUUUACGAUGCCAAAAAAAGGACAACGAAACAAGAGAAAGCUUUAAAACGACAAAAAAUAAUUAUAAUAAUAAGAGAUAAUAUCGAUAAAGAAAGUGGACAGUAUUUGUCUAUUUCGAUUUUCAGAUGGGUAUGACUCGACGGACAUAAUCUACCACUGGCAGUCAGGUGUAACUGAAGUCGCUGUUCAACACGUUAAGCUGGCUCAGUUUGGUUACAAAGGCUCCAAGCUAACUGAAGCACUAGAACCAUUCUCUACAGGUUCAAUUCGGUUUUAGUUAAAUUUAAUGAAAUACCUAUAAUAUCAUUAUCAUUACUAUUAUCGCGCUCAUCAUCUUAAUUAUCAUCAUCAUCAUCAUCAUCAUCAUCAUCAUCAUCAUCAUCAUUAAUAUCAUCAUUGUCUCACAAGAGUGAGACAAAAUCACACGGUUUGAAUUGGGUAACUCUUGGUGAAAACUUCAAAAUCCGCUUAAAACUUUAGAAUCCUUGGGAAACUUAAGUGUCUGAUAUUCGAGAUGUUAAUUAUCUGAGAUAAAAUACCUACGCUAAACACUCAAGCGGACUCCAUUUGUGCGAAAUUCAAUUACUGGCAUUUGUCCAUU